AUGCUGGACAGCAACGGGUACUCGGACAUCUACCUAGAGGCUCCCUCUGACCUGAUCAGGGAGGUGAAACCAUACGAAAGAUCAGGGGCCUGCGAGGCAAUUGACAGAUAUAACAGAGACGUCCUAAACCUUAUGAGCGGAACUGCUAAGGUCAGACUUAUCAAGACGCUUGACUUGACCACCAUUGAGUCUAUUGUUCUGCACUUUAUGAUGCCUCACUUUGUGAUCAACGUCCGAGUCGGUGGUCUUUGCCCUGAUCAGAACGACUUGAUCAAGGGUGUCAUUGACAAUGGUUCACAAAUCAACGUUAUUUCAAGAUUGUACGCAGACAAGCACGCUAUCAAGCUUACAACUACGCCGCUUGGGAUGAACGCUUUUGAUCCCAAUUCAGAGCGUGUAUCCUUUGACGGAGCAGCUAUCGUGCCUGUCUGGGUUGAAGGCCACUGUUUCCUAACCAGCAUGUUCGUUGCUGACGAUAGAAGGAUGAACGAACCACUUCUUCUGGGAUCGCCUUUUGGGUUCCAUACGCAGAUCAACUACGUGUAUGGCCCCGACAUGAUCACGCUGAUACUGACAACAGGGCAAAUUCGCUCUAUGUCCCAGCUGUAUUCCUGA